GCAGGAAGCGUUUUGGACCAGAGCCUGGAGAGCCUGCUGCACCGCCUGCGCGGCCUGUGCGACAACAUGGAGCCGGAGACCUUUCUUUUUUUCCUGCUGAAGGGGCAGCAGGCCAGCCCCUUCGUGCUGCGGGCGCGGCGGUCGAUGGACAAGAGCGGGAUGCCCUGGCAUUUGCGCUACCUGGGCCAGCCAGAAAUAGGCGACAAGAACCGCCACGCGCUGGUGCGCAACUGCGUGGACAUUGCUACUUCGGACAACCUGACGGACUUUCUGGUGGAGAUGGGCUUCCGCAUGGACCACGAGUUUGUGGCCAAAGGGCACGUGUUCCGCAAGGGCAUCAUGAAAAUCGUGGUGUACAAGAUCUUCCGCAUCCUAAUGCCAGGAAACACAGAGAGCAUUGAGCCACUCUCCCUCUCCUACCUGGUGGAGCUCAAUGUGGUAGCGCCGGCAGGACAGGACGUCGUUUCUGAUGACAUGAGGAACUUUGCUGAGCAACUGAAGCCUCUAGUGCACCUGGAAAAAAUUGACCCUAAAAGGCUAAUGUGAUUGAAAAGCUGGGCACUUAAGGUGUUGGUUCAGUUAGUGGUGCUGAAGAGGGUGUUUUUCUAAAAUGCCUUUUGAGGGCAAAUCAAAGCUGGGAAAGGGCAAUAAAGGACUAUGUACCGGUGUU